AUGUGUGACAAAGAAUACACAACAGAAGAGCUCAACUAUUUCCGGGUCUGCUACAUCACCACCAGCAUUAUCCGAGAUGGUCUAGAAGCAGUGUUUAAACAGGAAUGGAACAGAGUGCAUGGAAGCAUAUUGGGUACAUGGAAAGACACCGCAAAAAACGGACACGACUUUUUCAAUAUGGAAUCCUCAAGAAGCAAGCGCAGAAAUAUCAAACUUUUAAAAAUCAUACAAAACGGAAACACAGAGGAAUGGGAUUCGACGUGUUUUUUCUUCGCAAUUCUGUAUUCGGACUCGCUUCGGCCUCGGCUAAGCCCGACAGUUGUCUCUCAAGUUGAGGUACUAAGAGGGUUUCGCAAUACUGUUUUUGCACACUCUUCUCAAGCCCAUAUUUUGGAAACUGACUUUCGGGCCAGUGUCACAAUAGUGACAAAUGCGUUUAUGGCUUUGCAUCUGGACACCAAACAGUUACAAAACAUCAGCAGUCAAAAGAGCUUUCCAACUGAAGAGCUUCAACAGCUUCAAGAAAAAGUCAAAGCUUUAGAGGAAGAGUUAGGCGAACCCAAAUCCUUCAUGUGUCUCCCACCAAAGCCAUCCCACGAGGUCGUUGAGCGAAAGUCGGAAACUAACAAGAUUCUGCAAAUGUUUACUGAACUUCGGAAUGACAAUGAUGAUGCCUCGAUUGUAUCAGUUUAUGUCCAUGGAAAUCCAGGAUGUGGUAAAAGUCAGAUUGCUCGUGACGUGGGAAAAAAGGUCUAUGAAGAAGCAAUUCUCAACCUUGACGAAGACAAUUGUACAUUUGUAAUGACCUUGAAUGGAGAAAGUAAGCAGUCUAUGCUAGAUUCAUACCUUAAGUUUGCCCGUGAACUUGGUGUUACAGAAUACACACUUAGAAGUAUUACUGGAACAGACUCCAAUUUGAAGGUCGAUGAAAGAAUCUCCCAUCUUAAAAUGCUUGUUUUGACCAAAGUAAAGGACUAUUCCACAUGGCUGGUGAUAAUUGACAAUGCUAAUGAUUUGGACAGCCUGAUGGCCUGCUGGCCCGAUGAACAGUGGCACGGAGUUGGGAAACUUCUUGUUACCACCCAAGACAGUAUCAAUUUGCCGUUUGCUGACCUUUCUUGCAAAGAUAUUUCUUUAAGUGAAGGAAUGAACAUGGACGAUGCAUUAUUUCUUCUUAGGUCGAUCUGUGGUUUUUCCAGUGAGAAUAAGGAAGAAGAACAUUCUGUUGUUGAGGAACUAGAUUUUCAGCCAUUAGCCAUUGCCUGUGCAGCAAUCUACGUUUUGUAUACUACUUCAGUAGGAAAUUCCACGUGGAAGAAUUACCUGAAGAAAGUGAAAAUGGGAAAGAGACAUUUGACCGAGAAGAAAUUUCAAAGGGUAAACAGUGCGUACCCGUUGUCCAUGACUUCUGCCAUCACCAUAGCAGUUGAAAAGUUGGUCCAAGAUGAAGUGUUCCGGCAUGUCGUUCCUUUUAUGGGUUUAGGUGCACCAGAACCUAUUGACCUUGGUAUUAUUGUUAGUUUUGUUACAAAACAAGACCCAGCUCUCGAUGAGGACAUAACCGCUGCUGACAUCGCCAAAUGCUCAUUGCUGAUUUCGUUCAUCCAAGACAAUGCUCCAGGAACUCGUAUAGGUGUGCAUAAGGUUGUCCAUGAUGUCUUUAAAAGACACAUUCUUGACAAGCUCAGUAUAGAGGAGUUUACAGUUCUAACCAAAACGUACAUCGAGACAUUAUCUCCUCUUGUACAACACAUUCCUCUCCAGCAAGACCUUGAAUUUCACUUUUUUUCCAAAAUGAUUGCCCCUCAUUUGAAACUGUUUAGCAGUAACUUGAGGUCACCUCUUGAUGUGUCAAGCGACCAAAGCAAAGAGGUCAUAAACACAUUACUUAAUUUUGGCCACAUAUGCCUUGUACACGACUAUCUUCUUCCAGCAGAGAGGUAUUUUGAACUCGCCCUCGAGAUCACCAUUAAAGAAGGGGAAAGUAAUGAUGUAGACAGAAGUAAAGUGAAGGCAACCAUUCUAAACUGUCUAGGUGAUGUGCUUUGCAUGCAAGGCAAGUUUGAGAAGUCUACAGUCCACCAUCAGCGUGCCCUGGCUCUGUUUGAAAGCCUAAAUCCACUUGAGCCAACUGCAGAUAUUGCGGAUUCUCUGAUCAAACUUGGAAACGUUUCCUUCAGUGAUGGUCACUUUGAAGAGGCCAAAGAUUACUACAACAAAUCUCUAGAAAUCAGACAAGGGAUUUUUGGUACAGAUCAUAUCACUGUUGCUUCUUGCCUUAAUAACCUUGGAUGUGUCUACAGCACACUGGGUGACCACCAAAGUGCAAAAGACUUUUACCAAAGAUCACUGGAGUUAGAAGAGAGGAUGUUCGGCAAAAUGCAUAGCUGCGUUGCUGACACUUUGUGUAAUUUAGGAAUUGAGUUUAGUGAAUUAGGCUUAACAGAUGAAGCCUUUCAGUACCACCACCGGGCCCUUGAGAUGAGAAAGGAACUUUACUUUCCGAAUCAUUUUUUGAUCUCUGAAUCUUACAACAACCUUGGCAUAAUGCAUAAGGGGAUGGGUCAAUUUGAAGAGGCAAUGCAUUGUUUUGAAGCGGCGUUGUGCAUCAGAGAGAAAGUGUUGCCCUCAGAACAUCCGGCGACCGCCGACUUACUAGACAAUCUCGGUCAGCUGUGUAUGGAACAGGGUGAACUAGAGAAGGCCAAGGAAUUUCACUUCCGAGCAUGUGACAUCAGAAUCAAAAGUUUAGGAAGCGAGCAUUGUAAAGUUGGCGACAGUUUUCUCAACCUUGGCCUGGUUCAUGAGCACUGCUUUGUACUUGAUGAUGCAACCAGAUUUUUGAACAGAGCUUUAGAGAUCUAUUCCAUUUCUUACCCAAGUGAUCAUCACCCGAAAGCGUUGGCGCAAGAAUGUCUUCAGGGUAUCUCACAGCAACAAGUCAACCUAGAUGACCCAGGUCAUGGGCAUACUAGGGAUGCUCACUCCACAGUUCGGGCUCCAUUUUACCUAGCUUCUAAGGGGAGAUCAAGUAUCUGGCACGACGCACACUGGGGAAGGCACCUACAG